AUGCAGAGGAGGAAGCACAAACAGCCUGACAUAGGAAACCACAGAGUCCGCUUCCUGUAGACACGUUUUUUAGACCGACAGGCUGAUAAACACACAUGCAGACAGACAGACAGACUGAUCCGUGUGUGACAAGAACAAAGAGCAGCUUUAAUAAUCUAACCUCCAUCUCCUAGUAGACCCCCCCCCCGCCCCCCCCUCUCCCUCUCUGAGUGACCCGUACAGAGAGCAUCCCUCCGGCUGGUGAUGGAGAAGCACGCCGGAGCUCCCGGGGGGUCGGAUGGAGCAGGGCCGAACAGAAAGCUGUGGGGCUCACCGACCUCUGGAGCAGCAGCCGGAGAAACCCCGGAAAGUCCAUCAGGUUCUCAUGUGGAGUGGUGUAAACAGCUGAUCGCAGCAACAAUCUCCAGUCAGAUCUCAGUAACACCUGAACACAGCAUCAGAGACAGCAAGGUCGGGAGGAGACAGGACUUCAUGGUGUCCAGGAGGAUCAAUCGUCAGCAGGACUCUCUGGAUGAGGGGCUUUGUUACCAUGGAGACGGUGACUCUGAGCAUCCUGCCAAUGCUUCGAACCUCCCCGCUCUGAGGUACGGAGCUCAGGGGAAAAUGUUCCAGAACCAGAUUCCUCAGCUGCCAGGAGAGAGCAUCCAGACCACAGUGAAGGAUGUGAUGUAUAUCUGUCCGUUCAGCGGGUUGGUCAAUGGCACUCUGACCAUCACAAACUACAAACUCUACUUCAGCGGCACAGACCGGGAGUUUGUUCUGGACGUGAAUCUUGGUGUGAUCAGCAGACAGGAAACCAUCAGCGUCCCAAACCAGGGCGAGAACACCAAGGGACUGGAGCUGGUCUGCAAGGACAUGAGGAGUCCGAGGUUCGCCUAUAAGACGGAGGAGGACCAUCCAGACGUGGUGGAGCUGAUCUCCAAACACGCUUUCCCCCUCUCUCAUAACCUGCCUCUGUUCGCCUUCCUCUACAAAGAACUGUUUCCUGUGGACGGUUGGAAGGUCUACGACCCCGCAGCAGAGUACAGACGACAGGGGUCUCCCCAACGAGAGCUGACCAUCAGUAAAGUGAACAGCAGCUAUGAGCUGUGUGACACCUACCCCGCCACCCUCGUCAUCCCCACCAAUAUCAGCGAUGAUGACAUCAGACGAGUCGCCGCCUUCAGAGUCAAACACAGGAUACCGGUCUUGUCGUGGAUCCACCCAGAGACUCAGGCCACCAUCGUGCGCUGCAGCCAGCCGUUAGUCGGCCCGUCAGACCGCCGCUGUAAAGAGGACGAACGCUUCCUGCAGAUCAUCAUGGAUGCCAACGCUCAGUCGCACAAACUCAGCAUCUUCGACGCCCGGCAGGGCAGCGUGGCGCUCACCAACAAGGCGAAGGACGGCGGCUUCGAGAGCGAGAGUUUCUACACGAACGUAGAGCUGAACUUCUUAGAGAUCCCGAACAUCCACGUGAUCCGAGAGUCUCUGAGGAAGGUGAAGGACGCCGUUUACCCGACCAUCGACGAAGCUCACUGGCACUCCAACAUCCACCAGACGCACUGGCUCGAGUACAUCCGGCUGCUGCUAGCCGGAGCGGCCAAGGUGGCAGAUAAGCUGGAGUCGGGGAAGACGUCGGUGGUGGUUCACUGCAGCGACGGCUGGGACAGGACAGCUCAGCUCACCUCUCUGAGCAUGCUCAUGUUGGACAGCUUCUACCGCACGCUGCCAGGGUUUCAGGUGCUGCUGGAGAAGGAGUGGAUCAGCUUCGGACACAAGUUCUCCGCUCGUGUGGGUCACGGGGAUGAGAAUCACGCUAACUCUGAGCGCUCGCCGCUCUUCGUCCAGUUCAUCGACUGUGUGUGGCAGAUGACUCGACAGUUCCCAGCAGCCUUUGAGUUUAACGAGCUGUUCCUGAUCACUGUGCUGGAUCACCUGUACAGCUGUCUGUUUGGUACAUUCCUCUAUAACAGCGAGCAGGAGAGGGCGGCCAAGGAGGUCCAGACCUGCACAGUGUCCCUGUGGUCCUACAUUAACAGUCAAAAGGACGACUUCACUAACCCGUUCUACGUGGACUAUCAGAACCACGUCCUGUACCCGAUGGUGUCCUCCAGACAUCUGGAGCUGUGGAGCAGCUACUACGCCCGCUGGAACCCUCGCAUGAGACCACAGGUGCCGGUGCAUCAGAGCCUGAAGGAGCUUCUCCUCCGGGCGGAGCUACAGAGGAGAGUGGAGGAGCUGCAGAGAGAGGCCUCUUCUUCACACUCCCUGUCCUCCUCCUCCUCACACUCCCCCACACACACCACAGGACACCUCCACAGGCGGCGUUCUCAGAGCACAGCACGGAGCAGCGGCGCCGGACAGCUGGAGUCACGAGACAAAGGAGUUCCCGCUGUAAUUCUACAGAUUCACUCCCAACAGCAAACAGAAGCUGCAGAGGACUCUGGACUGACGGAGCGGAGACGCAGCGGAGCGUGUGGAAGCACACACACUGCUAAUGCUAACGUGACGGAGUGA